UUGAACUGGUUUGUGGGUUCAAACCUUAUAAUUCCUGGCUCCAGAAUAUUUAAGUCAUUUGUGACUCCUUGCCAUGAAUCAAAAAGCUACUUCUGAUUCUUCUCUUGAGUUAAUAACAGUUUUAAACCACGAGAAAGGGUAUUCAGCUAGGAUGUAGUAAAUAAUGCCUUCGAUUUAAUUGUGGAAACACAUUUUUGCUUUAAUGCUUUCCUUUUUUCAUCUCUCUUCCCUCCAAACUGACAGUAAAGCUACCCAAAGGAAUAAGCAGGUUGCAAUGGGAAGGAAAAAAUUUAACAUGGAUCCCAAGAAGGGGAUCCAGUUUCUUCUUGAAAACGAUCUCCUGCAGAACACGCCAGAAGACAUCGCUCAAUUCCUGUAUAAAGGGGAGGGGCUUAAUAAAACCGUUAUUGGCGAUUAUCUCGGUGAAAGGGAUGACUUUAAUAUUAAAGUACUUCAGGCUUUUGUUGAACUUCAUGAGUUUGUGGAUCUCAAUCUCGUCCAAGCAUUACGGCAAUUCCUGUGGAGUUUUAGGCUGCCGGGUGAAGCUCAAAAAAUAGACCGCAUGAUGGAGGCGUUUGCUUCACGCUAUUGCCUUUGCAACCCUGGGGUCUUCCAGUCUACAGAUACCUGCUACGUCCUCUCCUUUGCAAUCAUCAUGUUGAACACCAGUCUACACAACCACAACGUGAGAGACAAGCCAACAGCAGAGAGGUUUAUAUCUAUGAACAGAGGGAUUAACGAGGGAGGAGACCUCCCGGAAGAAUUGCUACGGAAUUUAUACGAAAGCAUUAAAAACGAGCCCUUUAAGAUUCCGGAAGACGAUGGGAACGAUUUAACCCAUACCUUUUUUAAUCCAGAUCGAGAAGGCUGGCUCCUGAAAUUAGGCGGACGUGUGAAAACGUGGAAAAGGAGAUGGUUUAUACUGACUGAUAACUGCCUCUAUUAUUUUGAAUACACAACAGACAAAGAACCCAGAGGAAUCAUUCCAUUGGAAAAUCUCAGCAUCAAGGAAGUGGAGGAUCCAAGAAAGCCAAAUUGCUUUGAGCUGUACAACCCCAGCUACAAAGGACAGGUGAUCAAAGCGUGCAAGACUGAAGCGGAUGGCCGGGUGGUUGAGGGCAACCACGUGGUGUACAGGAUAUCGGCUCCCACGCCUGAAGAAAAAGAAGAGUGGAUUAAAUCCAUCAAGGCAAGCAUCAGCAAGGAUCCUUUUUAUGACAUGCUGGCCACUCGGAAGAGACGGAUUGCUAACAAGAAGUAACUCUUGAGGACGGACUCUCAUCAUCCCUGUGUCCGGUGCAGAGGAAACCUGACGCAUCCCAACAAAGCUUGUGUCUUUACUGUCCCUUUUGGGAGUGUGGUGGAACCACAAGCAUCUCCUGUUCGUCUUUACUUGUUGGGGACUGCGAUUCGUCGGUGUCCUGUCCUCCUCUGUGUCUUUUAAGAGUCUUGUUCCUACACCUUACAUCCAAACUAUUGUCCGUAACGUUGAACCCCCACCGAUGUGGCUGGUGUGUGUUCAUAUAUCUCCCUCUUCUACUAGACGGCCCUGCUUGAAAAAGCUUUCCAGGGAGUUGCUUUUCUCCCCCCAACUGGUAUUCCCCCCGCAGUUUGUUUCUCUUGGGUUUUUAGCACAGUCCUCCACGUUGUCUUCUCCAAGAGAUUCUCGUUCCGCUUCCAGAAAACUGGAUCGAAGGGAUCGCCGAUCCUUGCUCAAAAAAUAAAUAAAUAAAGGCAGCUUGUUUGCUGGCAGGUGAGGGGGAAAAUGACACCUUAAAUGACACAGGCUGUUGCUGUGGAAGUUGUGCCCCUUGUACACAUGUCCACAAGAGAGGAAGAACCUGCGUUGUGGAGAUCGAGAAACCAUAGCUGUUGUGAUGGAGCAUAAAGCCACAAGUGAAAAAUGGUUUCUCCGUUUUGGUCAAGACUAUCUGAAACGAUGAGGGUUUUAAUCUCAAAGGGUUAGGUCCAUUUAUCCAGCCCUCUGUUUAGAAGACAUAAAAUUGAGGGUUUCCUUCAAGAAAAACAAGAAGUUUUGCCAUUUUUUUAAUCCAACGGAUUGGAAAUCCUCAGUUGGCCAAAAGGAAAAUAUGUAAACUUCCUAGUGUUAUUGCUGGGCAUAUGGAUGAUUUAAAAAUGUUGGUAUCUGACAGUAUUUUCUCAGGAGAGCCAUCCGCGGCUGACAACAACAGUGAGAUCAAAAUAAUAGCGUUGGUGGUCACCAACCUGAUGACAUCAAGAACAGGGAUCCAAAUUGGGCCAAAACUUUUCAAUGGUGACAAGGCCAGUAACGAAAUUAGAAAAGGUUUAGGCUUAGCUUUUAGUUUAGUAAUUUAAUUUUAGUUUAGAAGAAAGGCCUCUGAAAGUUUUUGGCUCCUCAAGGUACUACCCUUAUGAUGAUACCAAAAUCUCCUUUCACUCUUCUUUGUGCUUUGCAACCAGGGUGUGUUUCCAAACGACUCUAGAAAGAGUGCAGAGAAGAGCAAUGAAGAUGAUUAAGGGACUGGAGGGUGAAGUGUAGGAUGAAGAAUGGUGGCAGGAAUGGGGGAUGUCUAGCCUAGUGAUAAGAAGGACUAGGGGUGACAUGAUAGCAGCAUUCCAGUAUUUAAGGGGCUGCCACAAA